AUGGUGCAGCUCCUAUCCUUGAGCGGCGAAAAGCUGCCGGUUGAUCUCGAAGAUGCCGCCACUGUGAAAGAUGUCCGAGCGCGUGCAGCCGAAGCGAUGGGUUGCGAACCCUCGAGCAUUCUUCUUGUUGCCUCGGGCGGAACGGAUUGCUUGCAGGAUCCACAGCAGCUUGAGUCGGUAAAGUGCACCUCGCUGACUGUCAUCAACCAGUCGUUUGACCCAUUGCUGCUAAGACGCUUGGCUCUCAAGGCAAGGGCCAUGCGGGUGUCGACGCCCCAGAGGAACAGUCCCUUUGAGAUGUCAACGCUUGUUGCUUUUCUGCGACGUGCAGCAACCGUGGGAGUCCUGCAGGAGGUUGCGAUAGAGAGCUUUGCAGCUGUGUCGAGUCUUUCGUGGAUGUACGGCUUUGACAAGAUUGAUGCAGCCUCCUCGCGCCGCGAGAACUACGCCAAGGCGCUGGACAAAGCCAAAGAGGCAGUUGCCCUGUCGCCUGUGGACCCCCUCAACUGGGAGACGCUCGGGAACGCUUAUGUCGGCAACUUCUUCGUCAACGCAAAGAGACCGGACGAAAUCAAAAGGGCCUUGAUCGCUUACGAGAAGGGCGAAGCGGCCUACGAAAAGCUGGGCAAGCGCAACCCGACUCUUCACUUCAACCGGGGAAUGGCGGCAAAGUACGUCGAGGACUACGACUUGGCUUCGCGCUCCUUGGCUGUGGCAAUCGAGAUUGGCGCAGCAGGUGCGGCCGAAGAACGCCAGAAGGUGUUGGCUCUUGUCGACAGCUUGGCGGAGCACUUGAACAAGAAGUGUGACAAGAAGAAGCUGAAGGAUCUCAGCCCCACUUUUCCGGACAACUCAGCGUACAGCAAAAUCAAGGACUUACAGGUCGGCAAGCCCUCUGCAGGCUCUCUAGCUGCCCGUGUGGUGACUUUGCUUAACAGGCCUGGAGAGGUGCCCAUCAUUACGAUCUGCUGCGACAUGUCCGGCGAGCUCUUCGCCAUGUCAUUUUACAACACUGAGUUCCAAAAGCUGCAGCAGGCGAUUGUUCCAGGGAAGACGGUGUUGGCGGUGGAAAACCCGAGCCUUCGUCAGAUCGAGGUGACUCUUCGUGGACCGCUGAGCUACUCCUGUGUGGCAGUUGGCAAUCCGGCGGAGGUCUGGAUCAUCGGGGCCUCAGCAGGCGUUGCGAGUGCCUCGCUUGCCUGCGCUGCUGGUGGAUCCGUUGUUUAUUCCGUUGCAGCCGAUCGCUCGAUGGAGGAGGCGAAAAGCGGCUCCAAAGAGGCCUGCGGACAAAACAUGGAAGAGUGCCAAGAGAUCUUGGCCCGAAUUGUGAAGGCUGACGGAGGGCGGACAGCAAGGACAGCUGUCCUCAGGGCGAUUGUGCCCCAGAUUCGAUUCCUCGUUGGCAAGGAGCUGGGAACCGAUGCGGGAAGCCGGCUCCAGCGUGUGGAGGCCAUGCUGCAGCGGAUUGGGCGCGGGGAGGUCUUCCGAAGUGAGGAGAAGGAAGGCCAGCGACGAGCUUCCGGCUAUAUCGCAGGAUUGGAGCCGUGCAGUGCGUUUCAUGAUCCUCUGACUCUAGCAUGGACAUCUGAGUUGCAAGGGCAUUGGAAGGAGAUCCAAAGUGAACUCCGAUCGAGACUUGGUGACGAAACGGUGUGGUUGCCGGGUGUUUACGCGGCGCAAAACAAGCGCUACGCCCCGGAAUGGAAAGUUGCAGCUGUGCUGGCUGCGGACGGCUGGGAGGACAAAGGUAGCUUCCCAAAGACGCAGGCGAUACUCAAGAGGUUGGAAGGUCUACUUCCGUUUGAAGUUUUCUUUGCUCACAUGCCACCACGCACAAAGAUUUCGUCCCACUCGGACAAUCUGAACUACAUCCUUACCUUGCACCUGGCUUUGCAGUUGGAGUCUUCUGCUUGCUCUUUGCAAGUAGGUCGGCGGACGCAACAAUGGGAGGAAGGGGAGGUUCUUGUGUUUGACACGACCUUCACCCACUCGGCCAGCAAUGAUUCCGACCGCGACCGCUAUGUGUUGGUCGUGCGCUUUUGGCAUCCUGGCCUCAGCAGCGAGGAGCGGAAGGCUCUGCAACUGUCGCACCUGCUACUCUCACGCGUGUUGGCAGCAGAUGCCACCAGCGAGCAGGCAGAACUUCCCUGGACAUAA